AGGAUUCGCAGAAAGCUGGCUGCGAGAGGAGCCUCCCUUCCCGUUCGUUCGUUCGUUCGUUCGUGAGCCGCGACCCCCGCGACUGGACACUGCGCCUAUCCAGUUCCACCAGAACCGAGGCUAUCGUGAAAGUGUAGGUUAAAAGUGCUUGUUUACGUGAUUCUCCUCACCGGCUACGAUAUCACGAAAUGGCAUCUGGAGUAACAGUGGCCGACGUUUGUAAGACAACGUACGAGGAAAUUAAAAAAGACAAAAAGCAUCGAUAUGUAAUCUUUUACAUUAAGGACGAAAAGCAAAUCGAUGUUGAAGUGAUCGGACCUCGCGACGCCGCUUAUGAUGCCUUCCUCGAAGAUUUGCAGAAAUGUGGUAGCGGAGAGUGUCGCUACGGUCUUUUCGACUUUGAAUACACUCAUCAGUGUCAGGGUACAUCCGAGGCCUCCAAGAAACAGAAGUUGUUCUUGAUGUCGUGGUGUCCUGACACGGCUAAAGUUAAGAAGAAGAUGUUGUACUCGAGUUCUUUUGACGCUUUAAAAAAGUCCUUAGUUGGUGUGCAAAAGUACAUACAGGCAACAGACCUUUCAGAGGCUUCCGAAGAAGCUGUGGAAGAGAAGCUCCGAGCCACUGACAGGAAUUAGGAGUGUAUCAGCGAAUCCAAAAUUAAUAAUAUUAACGAGAGAAAUCAAGUGAAAAACAAUACGCAAACUCCCUUCCCCAAAAAAUAAUGCUCUGUACCGUCGUCGCAUCGAAGGUUCAUGUUUUUCUUUUAAACGGAAACGAUUACCAAGUAUUUGCGCUACAUGUAUUAGUCAUUGGGGAGCGUAAACAUUAGCAGAAAAAGAACGUAAAAGAAAAAAGCAGAAAAUAUAUAAAGAAAAAAAAAUCACUUUUCAUACUGAGAAACGUUGUGUGAAUCUGUCUGAUAUAAUAUUAAUAUUAUACUAUUAUUAUAAUUAUAAGAAUACUUGUAAAAGAAUAACAGUUUACAACCAGUCAGGCAGUAAGAUUGAAAGCAUUACACUUUUUGUUUUGUCAUCGGCUGUAUAAUGUUUAAAUUAAAUUCAUUUCAUAAUGAC